AUGUUUAAGAAAAUGGAAAUAGUUACUUCAUUUCUUGAAAAAUAUGACAAGAAAUCUUUCCUUAAAAGAAAAGACAGUGAUGCAGGAGAAGCAGCACGAGCAUUGGAAGAACUCAGAGGGUCACUCUACAAUGAACUUCGAACAUCAGAAGGAGCCAGACGUCAACAACAAAGAUUAUGUGGCCCUAUUGUCGCUUUAAUGUUCAAUUUCAUGGUUUCUGUUGGAAUCAUCAUGGGAAACAAAUUGGUAAUGGGAAGAGUUGGGUUUAAUUAUCCAAUUCUUUUAACACUAAUCCAUUACACAUCCGCUUGGCUGCUACUCGCCGUACUUAAGGUUCUGUCUCUCUUGCCACCAUCUCCUCCCACCAAAACGACGCCGUUCUCCUUGCUUUUUGGUUUGGGUGUCGUCAUGGCUUUUGCUUCUGGCUUGGCUAAUACAAGUCUGAAGCACAACAGUGUAGGUUUCUACCAGAUGGCUAAAAUUGCAGUCACUCCCACCAUCGUUCUUGCAGAGUUCACUCUUUUUAGAAAGAUCAUUUCUUUUCAUAAGGUACUUGCUCUAGUGGUUGUAUCUGUGGGUGUGGCGGUUGCAACUGUCACAGACUUAGAAUUUAACUUGUUCGGUGCUUGUAUGGCAAUUGCAUGGAUAAUCCCAAGUGCUGUAAACAAAAUAUUGUGGUCUAAUCUCCAACAGAAAGGCAAUUGGACUGCUCUAGCGUUGAUGUGGACGACCACCCCAAUUACUGUAUUCUUCUUGGUAGUUAUGAUGCCGUGGUUGGAUCCACCAGGUGCAUUAUCCUUCAAAUGGAAUGUCAAUAACUCCAUUGCAAUUUUCAUUUCGGCUCUUAUGGGGUUCCUCCUGCAAUGGUCUGGAGCUUUAGCUCUUGGAGCAACCUCGGCUACAUCACACGUGGUAUUAGGUCAAUUCAAGACUUGUGUCAUCCUUCUUGGAGGGUAUUUGCUCUUCAGUUCUGAUCCAGGUUACGCAAGCAUCUGUGGAGCUUUUGUAGCAAUAUGCGGGAUGUCGGUUUACACAAUGCAGAACAUAAAGGAAACUAAAGAUACAAGCAAUCAUCUUCCUAAACAAAUAUCACCGAAUCAGAAACUUGGCCAAAAUGAAAAGAUUGAUGUCAAUGGAGUAACAUAAGCUAGCUUUUUAGCAGUUUGAAUAUAUGUAAAUAAAUGUGUCAACUGUCAAGGGAUAGAACGUACAGUAUUAAUCACGGGGCACAUCUUUGUAUAUACUACACUCAUAUUAGCCCCAAAUAUAUUCUAUUUGUUGGAACCACGUUAGUGUGACCGUCACUGAUCAUCUAUCAUUCGUGAUAUGAUAAUUGACGAUAACUGA